UGACCGUGUGUGAGCAAUCUCAAAAUGGCCCUCCGUGUAGUUGGUCUCAUGAUACGCCAGGAGCUGUCCGGCCUGGCAGGCAAACCGUCGGUGCGCAUGAUCAGCACCAGCCGCGGUCCGAAUUGCGCCAAGAUCCUGGAACACUCGCCGAAUGCGCAUCUGAACAAAACGCUGCUCGAUCGGUACACCCGGCUAAAGUACGAUCCCAAGUAUGUGCAGGCCACGUACGUCUGGAUCGACGGUACCGGUGAGAACGUUCGGCUAAAGGAUCGCGUCCUCGACUACGUGCCAAAGGCUCCGGAAGAUGUCCCGGCCUGGCAGUAUGAUGGCAGCUCCACCUACCAGGCGCUCGGCGGUAACUCGGACAUGAAGCUGGUGCCCCGUGCCCUGUACAAGGAUCCGUUCAAGGCCGGUGCGAAUGAUGUGAUUGUGUUGUGCGACACGUACCAGCCGGAUGGUAAACCGACCGCAUCGAACCAUCGUGCCGCAAUGCAGGACGCAUACAACCGUACCAAGGAUCUGGAACCGUGGUUCGGUAUUGAGCAAGAAUACACCUUCCUGGACAUUGACGGACGUCCGCUUGGGUGGCCGGUUGGUGGAUUCCCCGGACCACAGGGCCCAUACUAUUGUGCUGCCGGUGCCCAGAAUGUGGUCGCCCGCGACAUUGCUGAAGCGCAUGCCGUUGCCUGCUUGUACGCUGGCGUACAGUUUGCCGGCACGAACGCGGAAGUAAUGCCGGCCCAGUGGGAGUACCAGGUCGGACCGGCCCUUGGCAUGAAGUGUGCCGACGAUCUGUGGAUAUCGCGCUACAUUCUGUGGCGCAUCGCGGAAGAUUACGGCGUGGUGGUAACGUUCGACCCGAAGCCGAUGGAGGGCAACUGGAACGGUGCCGGCGGGCACUGCAACUUCUCCACGAAGCCGAUGCGUGCUGAGAAUGGCAUUAAGGCGAUCGAGCAGGCGAUUGAGAAGCUGUCGAAGAAGCAUGAUAAGCACAUCAAGGCGUACGAUCCGCGCGGAGGAAAGGACAACGAGCGUCGGCUGGUCGGCCGGCUCGAGACGUCAUCGAUCGACAAGUUUAGCUGGGGUGUUGCGGACCGUGGCACCUCGGUGCGCAUUCCGCGCGGUGUGGCGGACGCUAAGAAGGGUUAUCUGGAGGAUCGUCGUCCGAGCUCGAACUGCGAUCCGUACGCGGUGUGCAAUGCCAUCCUCACGACCUGCCUGUUGGACGAAUAAGCCGUUUGCUCUCCCUUUUUUGCCCA